AGCAGCCACAGCUCAAAAGAAACACAGAACAGAACAAAAAAAAAACACAACCAAAAAUGUCGUCGUCACAAAUAUCGGAAAUGUCGAAGACGUAUCAGUACCGCAAGGUGAUGAAGCCCAUGCUGGAGAGGAAGCGUCGGGCGCGCAUCAACAAGUGCCUGGACGAGCUGAAGGAUCUAAUGGUAGCCACGCUGGAGUCGGAGGGCGAACAUGUCACCCGGCUGGAAAAGGCCGACAUUCUCGAGCUAACAGUCACCCACCUCCAGAAGAUGAAGCAGAAACGCCAGCACAAGCGCGCCAGCGGCGACGAGAGCCUCAGUCCGGCCGAGGGCUUCCGCUCCGGCUACAUUCAUGCCGUCAACGAGGUCUCCCGCUCCCUGUCUCAUCUGCCCGGCAUGAAUGUCAGCCUGGGCACCCAACUGAUGACACAUCUGGGACAGCGCCUCAAUCAGCUGCAGCCCGCCGUCAAGGAGGCUCUGCCCAUCACCGCUCCACUCUCCGUGCAUAUCGCCAGCCGGGAUGCCUACUCCGUGCCCAUUUCUCCCGUCUCCAGCUUUGCUGGCAGCCCCAACUCCAGUGUGGCCAGCAGCGAGCGUCUGGGCAGUGCCUCCCUACUCACCACUUGCUCCUCCAUUGAUGUCACCAAAAUGGAAUUGGAGGUUGACAGCGAGGAUGAGGAGAAUGUCUGGCGUCCCUGGUAGGGAACAGCCAGCACAGGAGCACACUGAAAGAGAGAGAGAGAGAAACAAAAGAACGAUUUAGAAAGUAAAAGUCUUCCGAGUCAAUGGGGCAAAGGAAACCCCCUCCCAUUGGCUCUCCACCACUUAGGUUUAAGAACGCACCACAAAGCUUUAGAUGGGACGCACAGUUCACGUGAUAAAUAAACUAUAAACAACUAAUA